GGCUUCACGCUUAUAUUCUUCAACAUUUAUUUAUAAACAUAGACAUUUACAUUAGAAAUUAGUAGUAGCAGCAAUAAAUAUGUGCAUUAUGUGUGUGUGUAUGUGGAUUAAUCCUACUUGUGCAUCAGUCCUAUUUGUAAAAAAGUAUGCAUUAUGUAUACAAAUGUGCAUUAAUCCUACAAAAAAGGAAAAAUAGACUAGUAAAAAUAGAUACGAACUUUAAGCGGGGCUCCAUUUCCUUUUUCCAUAUGCAAAACAGGGCUUUCUUUUUUUAAAGUUUCACAUUUGCAUGUGAAAUUGUGAUUAAAGUAUUCAUUUUGUAGCUCUUUCUUGCAAGACGUCCAACCAAACACAUUUGUCAAAAACACAGGAAGAGUCAGUACAGAAACACAUGAUACUGAAGUUAACAAGGCACUACAUAUUUUUACAUAUUUUCUCGUGUCAGCUGCAUCAAGUGAGAUAACCAAGUCUGAUGUGGUGCACAGAGCAUAACACCACAUGGAAUAACAUCAAAAACAACAAUAUACUCUGUAAGACUACCAAAAAAUCACCUGACAGAGAUGGAGAAAUUAUGGAAAGCCAAAUAGUUUUCCAUAUCCCCCUCCAACUGUAUGGUAUAGGCUUAUAUGGCAUUCUGCAGUCUUUGCAACAAAUAUAGCAAAGUCCUUUACAAAACACAAUACACACAUAAGGCUAAAUAAAAAAAAAAAAAAAUAAAGUGUGCAUUUAUUAUUUUGUAAUACUGUGGUAAAAACACUGAAACACACUUUGUGCUCAUCAUUAGUCUGAGUUUGAAGUCUCCACACAGCUCCUUGGCGUCAGCGCACACCAGCCCAACGCGCAUGCGCGAUCCCCUCAUCCACAUAAUACAAUUCUAGGUGGGCAUCCUCCGCUGGGCUGAUCGUCUGCAAAAAAAGAUAAUUCUGUUGGAUCUGAUCGCACCGGGUUCCUGCUUCGUGAUGGCAUCGGCUGGAUAUCUGCAGGCGGCGGUGCUUCUCCUGGCGCUGCAGCUCCUGGUCCUCGGUGCGGCUGAUGCUGAGCAGGAGACCGGCACCGUCAUCCCCGCAGAAAGCCGCCCGUGUGUGGACUGCCACGCGUUCGAGUUCAUGCAGAGGGCACUUCAAGACUUAAAGAAGACCGCUUUCAACCUGGAUGCCAGGACGGAGACGCUGGUGCUGCGGGCGGAGAGGAGGGCUCUGUGUGACUGUAUGCCCACCAACUCGCUGCGCUGAGCUCAUAGGGGUGUGUGUGUGCGUGCGUGCGUGUGUGUGUGUGUGUGUACACUGUGUUUCACAGCCACGACCACAUCUGAGGACGCUUCCAUUAAUCAUCACGCACCAACAGCCCCUCUCCAAACCUCCCUCCAUGUCCCGUCUGAUAUGAAUUUAAGAUUUCUUUCACGCAACAGGCACUUUAAUUUUCUUUUCUCUCGAUUUGAGCGUUUGAUGUGAAAUCAUGCGUUAUUAGGCAUGUUUUGUUUCGCCUCAUUUGGGAUGACUUUAAUUCCACCAUUGGGUUUUUGCUCUAUUACGUUGUGAAACACAUGCCUGUGAGUUUGCUUGAUUUUCUUGUCAUGGGAUUCGGGUCCAUUUGUCUCAUAGCGCACCCACAACUAUUUGUACUCCUGUAGUGUUCGACUGUAUAAUGUAGAUAGAAUGUAUUGGCAAAUUUAUUUCUCGAAUGUGUUGAAAGAGAUUGUUUACGACGAUUACACACAUCAAACUGUAGCAUUUCAUGUGGAAUACCCGUAAUUUGUUAAACUGAUUAAUAAUUUUAAGUUAGUUAUUAGCAAUCAGCAAAAUUACUUUAAGUUCUUUUUUUGAGAGGCAACCUCACAUUGUUUCAUUACAGCUUCAUAAAACCUUGGGCUCAUUUGCAAAAGUGUUGAGUAACUUCUUUUAAAUACAGCGUCUUUCCUUUGUAAUAACCAUGAACUGCUAAAAUAAAAAAUAAAUAAUAAUAAAAAAAAAACAACUUUAUUAUGUAAAGACAGAAGAAAUCAUACUAUAGUUAGUAUAGAGUAGUAUAGUUUGACCAGAAACUAAUAUUUUCUGCCAGCAGAGAGAAAAGGGUGUUUUCUGAGGGGGAAAAAAAGUUUAUUUGUAGGUCUUGAUCGAGCACAGCACUGUAGCAUGAAUUUACAGCACUUUUUGUGAACCUAAAUUUCAUCGAGACUCUAUGUAUACAUGUGUACACUGGUCUGUGUAACGUAGAUGUGUAAAGGCUUGUUGUCUUUCCUGUCUGGCAGAGCUGUAUGAAAGAAUAAAGUGAAACAGUAGAGCGGUAGAUGAAGUGUGAUGCCCUGAUAUGGGAUGGGGGGAUGGGUAGAGGAAUAUGCAGCGGGGGAAAGAGGGAUAGGAGUGAUAGCUGCUUUAUCGUUGUUGCUUGUUCAUGAUCAGCAUCCUCUGUUCGCAUCAUGUCAAAAGAACUGCCUUUGUUACGUUCAUGUUGUAUCUGCCAUUAAAAACACUGAGAAAUCCU